UAGAUAAAUACAAUAAUAAUUGUUAUUUCUCCUCCAACAGCCUUGCCUUCCUCUUUUCUUUUUGACUUGCGGCUCCACCACGUUCAGCUGUAUAGGUGUAGCUGAUGCAAGAAAGAGAAAGCUUUUCACCUCCGAAAAUAAUAUUAUCAUCAAACAGCUUUCAUUUCUUUGCAAAUAACAGGGCCUUAGUACUCAAGAAUCCCUUUUCUACUUUUAUCAAGCCUAGGCCUACUUCCAAUCCUCCGCGAGCAACGAUUAUUGAGUAAACUACGGGGAUCUAAACUUGACCUAGUUAGUGUGGAGCGCAGAGCAGAGCAAGUUCGAAAGUAGGUCGUGUUGUACCGUCUCUGUCGCAGUCAAAGUGGACUUUGGACCUUCACCCUGAGAAAUUCCGUUCAUUAAUAUUCACGAUUUCUUAAUUCUCGAUUAUCAUUGGCUGACACAGAGAGCUAGGCCACCGAGCAUGCGCUGUUAAAUAGAAGAUCGGAAACUCCCGUUCGCCGCUACGUGCUUCCCUCGUGAACAUCUAAUGUUAGUAUCUGAGAGGUAACGUGCGUGCUCGUCGAAUGCUAGCCUCACCCCAACCUCAGUCUGCGUGCCGUUCAGUGAUAAUGACAGUGACAUGAAGUGACAAGCCAGUGUUUUACCAAGUGAACAUACGUGCUGAUCACAGAUAUAUAUGAAGGGAGUUUUGUUGGAACCUCAGAGUAGAGUGUGAUGAUUGCGCAGUGGAUGUUGAUCAACAAAAUUUAGCUGCUGAUCAAUUUAGCCCUACACUUCCCUUACCAACAGAGUUUUUGCUGUGGUUGUUGUUCAGCGACAAUCUUUAAUGGUCUGCUUACUGAAGAAUCCAUCACCAUGAAGUUCCCCAUCAACGUUAUUGCUAAAAAGCCAGCAGGGAGAAGACAACUAUUGAAGGAGGAAAACCUCAGAAAUAAUAAUCUCAAUACUAUCCGUUCUGAGACUACAAAUUCCAACAGCUCAGAGAAUUCCAAUCUCCUAUUGGCGCCACAAUCUCAGCAGCCAGAGUCCCCUCUUGCAGUGAUCAACAACCGGCCCAAUGACCAACCCACAGAACAGGCCAGUGUGCAGACAAGUGAGUGCCCACUCGUGGGGAAGGUCUGCGAAGUGAACAACAAUGUUUUAGAAGAUGAAGGGGUGGAGGAGGACGCUGAAGAUGAAAAUGGAAAUUCAAUUGCUGGUGUAGACAGUUUUUGUCGGGAGUCAGAGAGAAUCCCGAGUGUUGACUUAAGUUCUCAGUGUGGAGAUGAAAGUGGUUUUAACAGUUGUUCUAGUGACAAGGAAUGUGAAUACUCCAGUUCCAAUUGUGACUGUCCAAAUGAAGAAAGUGACUUUGUCAGUAGUAAUGUGUCCAUGGCCCCAAAACCCCAGUCCCCUCACAGAGUGUUAUCAGACUCUGCAUUGACUUUAUUGCCUUCGAAAACUCCGCUCAAAUCCACUGUUUCUGAUGAAAGUAUUAACUGUGAUGAUCAGGCUGCCCGCCCAGUUAGAAGAAGUAAAAACAUUGUCCGUGUUCACGGUGCUAGUAUUGACAGUCUUCCUUCUGCGAGGUGUACAAGGACAUCAAGAAGUCGCAGAAGUGAGAGGUCUGCGUCGUCAAGUGACGCUCAGCCUGGGGGUUCUCGGAGGAGGAGGAGAACGAGACACGAUCACAACAACAAUGAUUUGGAUUCUAAAAGCCUGCACUCUUACUUAUAUGGUGCCCCUUUCAAGAUGCAGGACUGCUUCCAGAAGAAAGGAUUCCUCACAUUUAUCUCUUGUAUCGUUUACACGCUUUUCCUGGUGGUUGUCUUCACAGUGCUCGGUGCCCUUCUCUCAGCCUGCAAAGCUUUGAUUCGUAAUGAUGAACUUCAAGAUAUUAAGAGGAACGUUUUGCAAGCCCGACGCACAAGAACUCCAUCGGCCUCUGGUUGAUCACAGUCCUCUCAUCAAGGCAGCCUCAGAGGCAAGAAAUUGCCAGAGAAUUCCGUGGCUUGUCACAAAAGUAAAACGAAGUCUGUGCUGACUUUUGCUUAGCUUGCCGAGACCUGAGGAAGGAUAGAGCCAGUUCUGUAUCUGUUUUCUUUCAUCCCCCUACUGAGAGUGCCCCCCCUUUUUUUUUUUUUAGAAACAUCUGAUUUAUGUACUCUUAGCUUUGACAUCUGAAUGGAAUGUUGGGAUGUUGUCUUGGGUCUACCUUCUUUAGGUUUGAAUGCAAUCAUCCAUGUUGUGUCAGUGUCACUGAUUUUAUUGAGUUAAUUCAACUCAUCUGUCACAAUAAUUGUGUUGUAUUAUUUUACCUUAUUCCUGUACAGAAAUAAGAUACGAACAAAUCUAUACACAUCCGUAAACGGGCAUCUGUGGUGUAGCAGUAAGGCAUUUUGCAUUCACACCCAGGAAAUUCGAGUUUGAAUCUCGAGAUGAAAUACAGUCUUAUUUAAAUAAAUAUAGAUGAUGUGAGGGACUGCUUUGGCAAAGGAGACAUGUUGGUGAAACGAGAAGCUCUUUUGUUAGAUUUUAAAAAAUUUGUGACAAAUAUUGCAAAAUACUAACAUUCCUUGGGGAAGAAUUGACAGUCAACUGCUGGCAAAUCAAACAAGCUGUUCUCUUCUUAGACAGUUUUAAAAUCUGGUUUUCAAAGGUGAAAGAUAUGUAUUGACAAGCUUGGUUGAGAUUUUCCCAAAGACAAGAUAUAGUGCCAUAGAAAGGUCUUUCUUCAUGCCUGCCUCAUGUAGUUUUUGUAUGCUGUUCAAUGGUUUAGAAGUUGUUGUCAUACCAAGCUGAGGUGCUCAGGAAGUUUAAAAAUUGGAAAAUUUGGAAGUCCUGCCUCUUCAGUUAACUACAUUGUUCAUAGUUCUUUUUAUGAUUCCUCUGUAUGAUAAUGUAUAAAACACUUCGGGCGGCUUUUUUCCCCAUCCACGUCGCUACAAUGCCCAUCAUUUCUGCCAUAUUUGGGGUUUUUCAUGGGCUGUUCUUUUGUUUUUGAACAGCAAGCAGAUUUGAUCUUGUUUGCACAUUAUUCAAUGUUAGUGCCAUUUGGACAUUUUAUGUGAAUGUUAUAGUCUGUUCUGGUUAUGGUUUAUGAAAGUGCAUUAAUAUUUCAUUUUUUUAUGCAGGUGAAAUAUUACAUUGGUAGAUGUGUAGGCUUUCUUUUGACAAUGAAUUUGGUCUACUAUGUGUCUGAAGAAUGAGUGUGAAUGCAUAAAAAUGUGUACUCAAGUAAAAGCAAAAGGACAGCAGAUCUACAUAGGUCUAUCAUGAAUUAUCAAAAUAUUGACCUUGACUUAUGAAUUGUGUGUGAGAGUUAAACACAAAGUAUAGUAUUCCAUCUCUGUGAUACUUAAUUAAGAGGAUAUAUUGCUUCAGAUUUUUUCAGUAUUGUAAAUAUGAGGUAUUAGUGUGAUGGACAGACCUCAAAGAAAGGGGCAGUAUUCUUUGGUUUUUGGAGAGAAGAUUGUGUCAGUUGAUCGUUGAUAGGGGCACUGUUACUAAAGUAACCAACCCUCUGAUGAUACAGGUGUCCCAGAACUGAAAUCCUAAUAGAGUGUUCAUGUUGUUGUUUUUUUCUGUCCUCACACUUGAUUCGGUCCUAUCAAAAGUGGACAUCACAUCAAAGGCUCUGCGUCUUUAACAAACUUAUAGCGGGGAAAGGGGCAUUAAACUCAUACCAUCUUGAGUGAUGAAGUGAUGUCAUGAUCAGAUUUGAGACAAAGAGUCUAGUGCUCUUCUUGAACUUGUUAUCUGCCAUAUUUUCACUAUUAUUUUAUAAGUGAUUGUAUUGUCACCUCUGCCAUCAUGUGGAAACACUCAUGCGCCAUACAAAUGUUGGUUUGUUUGUGGUUUUUUUGGUGGUUUUUAGUUGUUGUAUGAGUUCAGCUAGAUGUGUUUGCAGGGUUGCUUAGAAAAAUUAUGAUACCAUACAAAAAUGUUUUGGUAGUUUGAAACACAUGUGUGAGUGUGAGGUGUGUGAGUGUGAGGAAGAGGGAGAUUCUGAUUGUUAGAAACAGUUUGAUAGUCACACAAUAGUGUCUUGUUUUAAACUUUUGCUGGGGAUUUCUUAUUCGGGAGAGAAUAUGCGCAGACAGCGCUUUAUCUUAUCAGGAGCCUGAAGGCUUGCUGGGUUAUGUGUUGUUAUUCUCAGUUUAUCUAGCUCGGACCCAUGUAGUUGACCUCUUGACUGGGAGAGCAUGGUCUCCGAUUGUUGGUUUUAGGUCGAAAGGAUAUGCCUGCCUUAAGUAAGUCUGAACGAACUUUACGUUCGUUUAUAUGUCUACGGUGCAUUUUUUCUUCCCCUCUACUUAAAAGCUUUUGCUAUAAAUAGUUUGCAUGUUUUUCUUGCAAUUCAAAGAAAGUGUAAGAAUGAAUUGUUUUAAGACCAAAAGUACACUCGGAGCAAAAGAGCUUGCUUCUGGAUUCACAGACACGUGAUAAAUAAUGAUAUUUAAUUAAUAAUAGUAUAAUGUAGCUAAGGGGUACACAAUGUACUUGAUAUUCACUCACAGAGAUAAAGGCCUUUCUCAAUGGUCCUCAUCCUUCAGUUGUCACGUCAUCCUUCCCACUAUCUUUGUUGAUCACUGCCGUUCACUUGUGGUAAACAAGCUUUGGAAAUACUCAGGUGGAAUAUUUGCUUCUAAUUGUAACAUUCACUUAGUUGAUUGGUGCAAAUAGAUUUUUAUUCCAUGGCUCUACACACACAGGUACAUUUUUUUCCCUUAAAUGGAGUUUCAUGGUUUGUUUUCUAUGUUUUAGUGUCUACGUUUUAAUGUAUGUGUAUGAAGGCUACGUGUAGUUAAUUUAAGUGUUUGUAUAAAGGCUAUUCGUAUUUCGUAUUUGAAUGAAAUACUGUUAAUGAGUUAAAUUAGAACAUUUGACUGGAUUUUCUGUGUAUGGAAAUUGGUAACAGUAAUUUUGUUAUUUUUGUUACUUUAAGAACCGUUUUUGUGAAAUUUGUACAAUUAAAAGAAAAUGAAUUGUAAAUAAAAACAUUGAUAUAUUUGACUGUAACAGAGAAAA